AUGUCUAGCUCAAGUGUUAAUUGCAGCAAUCCUAAUACACUCAAGUACAAAUCCUUGAGGUGCAAAUGUAAUCGGAAAGCUGUGAUUAGAAUAUCAGAGACUGAUAAUAAUCCAAAUAGGCUUUUUUACAGUUGCCCACAGAUUAAUGGUUGUAAUUUUUUUGUUUGGUGUGAUCCCAUUGUUGCACCAACAACCGAGCUUGUGCCGAAUCCCACCCCUGAUUUACAAGAGUUGCAGGAGGAGGUGCGGGUGCUACGAGAGGAGAUACGGGUUUUGCGAGAGGUGUUACGGGGGUUACAACAGGCGGUGCAAAGUGGAACAAUUAGAAUGGAUGAAACGGAGAAGUUUGUUGCAUCAAUGAAGCUUGGAGUUUAUUUUGUUCUAGUUUUCUUUGUUGGUGUAAUUGUAUCAGUUAUGAUUGGCAAAUAA